GUAAUGAGCGACAGGGACUGCCGGCUAUCGAAGUUUGCGUCCAUGCGAGGAUACAGUCACUGAGGUAUCAUGGCUAUUUCUGCCAAGACAUUCCCACGAGCUGUUGAAUGUCUCCGUUCCGGAUAUGUUCCCUCGGCUCGGCUUGUUUUACUACUCGCACAUCCGCCUAACGCUUUCUACAUCUUGACACGCACCGGAACCCUCCUUCGACGGCAUUCCGAAUUAUUAUUGUCCCCUCAAAAGCUUGGCGUUGUUUCUAGCCCUCAUGCCAUCCGAUCAACAAUGACAUGCCACUUGAUAUAUAAGAUGAUGUUCAUCUCAUUCAGAUCUAUUUCUUUUUUCCAGCCAUCCACUCACCAAUCUUCAUACCUCUUGAUCCAUUCUCUCAUUCAUUCUUUCAGAGCUGUGCUCGUUCGCUUCAUUCUUUACAUACACUCAUUAGAACUUUCGAGCUGUGCUCAUAUUAACUAAUAUUUUAAUCUCUCUACACUCACUAUACCUAUCCAAUAUGAAGGCCACCACUAUCCUUGCCAGCGCUCUCGCCGCUGUUGCUACCGCCGCUCCUACUGCUAUUACUACCCCUGAGAAGCGAGCUGUUGUCGACCUUGGUGCCUUCAAUAACUUCAACUUUGCCAACCAGGAUCUCCAAUACCUGCUCGCCCUUAACAAAUUCGACUUGCAGUCGUUUGCUCAGUUGGCUGCCUUCAACAAACUGAACAUUGGUGACUUCCAGGGGCUAUUCGUCAACAACAACUUUGAUAUCAACUCGCUUCUCCAGCUGCAACAGAUUGCUCUCCUGUCUCAGCUUGGCGGCCUCGGUCUCUUCGGCAACUUCGAUCUUAGCUCUCUCCAACUCAAUGUUUUCAACCUUGGUCUCAUCGGCGGUAUUGGCGGCUUUGAUAUCUCUUCCCUCGUCGACCAGUCCCUUGUUCCUCAAAUCCAGGCUAUCAUCCAGCAGACAGAAAUAACCGCUGUUGUCAUCAAUUAAUAGAUACGCCGCCAGACCCUGGUGAAUAUACCCCAUGGCGUUGCUAUAAUUAAUAGAGGAUCUGUAUUAUGAAGCUUAGGAUAUAUAGGGCGGGAUAAGUAAGAAAGGAGACGAGGGGGUAAUACCUUGGGAUGGCUUCAUUUUAUGUCAAUUA